CAUUUUUUGUUUUUGUCCCUUUGAUUUCUAGUUUUGUGUUUUCUUUUUUGGCCCCCUUGUCGAAUGACACUUUCUUUUUUUUUUUGCUUUCUACGUUUUUUCUCGACACUGGGUUCUGAAACAGGCCGAGAAAACUGGCAACGUACAGUAACCACGCAGCGUUCGGAUCCACCCACCGUCCAUCCGAAAACAACCCAACAUACUAAAAAGAGGGAUGUCUCUGUAAUAUCCACCCCCAAUAACGGUAUAUACAAACUCGGAGGGGUCAUAGAUGGAGAGUACGGGGGUAUGCCGGGGAUUCAAAAGGAAGUCAUUGUAACAUAGAAAGUGUCUGUCUUGGGAAGGGAUGAGGUGCGCGGGAAUGGGAUGUGAUGCGGGGUUGGGCUUGAGGGCGGUUUUGGGCGGUGGUGAGGUGGGGUGGGCCGUGGCGAAGGGUAGGGGACGGAUGUGAAGCGGCGGAGGCGGUGAGGGCGUGAUGAACGUUGGGAUGGGGGUGCCGAGGACGUUCCUUGUCGAGGGUGUGGCGUGUGACCAGGGGGACGGGCGUUGUGACUUUGGUAAGGGUCCACCAGGGACACUCCAAAGCCCGUCCCUUCCAGGUCCCUCACCCACCCCCAACGACCCUCCUUAACCCCUCCCACCUCCUCUCCAACUCCGCCCU